AUGAUCACGGACUGCAAGCUCGCCACACUCACUAACAUGCUGGGCAUGCCACUUUUCACACGUCUGGUUCUCUGUCACUAUGUGGCAAUCAACAAUCACAAAAACCAGGAAUGA